CUCAAGCUUCUCCCCUCUUAAAACCCAUCAAACACACCUUCAGAAGGCUCAUUUAUUUUCAUCGGCAAUUGUUCUCCAUUUCUGUUGAUUUGGUCCUGUGUGCCAUUAUAAGAUCUACUAAAGCUUCCCAUCUUUCAUCUAGUUAUCGUUUGGUAACUGAUCGGCGUAGCUUUUUCUCCUCUGAUCUGGUCUUCGGAGAGAGCAGAGCUACUUUACUUUCCCUUUUCCUUCUUGUGCGGCUUUUGGAGCCAAUUCAGAGCCAGAUUUGGGAGGUAGUCGAUCAUUUCCAAUCACUAUGAUCUGCUCCCUCAAGCACUCUGCUCUAUCUCCCACAACAAUCAAUGGAUCUGAUCCGGUUGUCCGCCGGAAUACACAGUUGGCGGCGGGGAAAGCCUUCUUCUUGUCACCGAUUGGUGCGCCCAAGGGUUUGAAAGGCUCUCUUUUGGUGUCGAAGCCUUUGCAUCUCACCUCAAUUGAGGCUUUUUCACCCAAGGAGAGGAAUGCGCCGCCGCGGUCGAUCGUGUGCAAGGCUUAUGAAGCGGAGCCGGUUGAUGCUGGGGAAGCGAAACCGGAGGCUGCGAGGAAGGCGAAGAUCGGAGUUUAUUUUGCGACCUGGUGGGCGUUGAAUGUCGUUUUCAAUAUCUACAACAAGAAAGUGUUGAAUGCGUUUCCCUACCCGUGGCUGACGUCGACGCUGUCGCUUGCUUGUGGGUCUCUUAUGAUGUUGAUUUCCUGGGCUACGAGGAUUACACCGGCUCCCAAGACCGAUUUCGAAUUCUGGAAGACUCUGCUCCCUGUUGCGGUGGCACAUACAAUUGGGCACGUUGCUGCAACAGUGAGUAUGUCUAAGGUUGCAGUUUCGUUCACGCACAUCAUCAAGAGUGGUGAGCCAGCAUUCAGUGUCUUGGUCUCUAGAUUCAUCCUGGGAGAGUCUUUCCCUGCCGGAGUUUACUUGUCCCUCCUCCCAAUUAUUGGUGGUUGUGCUCUUGCUGCUGUCACCGAGCUCAACUUUAACAUGAUAGGUUUUAUGGGGGCCAUGAUCUCCAACUUGGCGUUUGUAUUUAGGAACAUAUUUUCGAAGAAGGGUAUGAAGGGAAAGUCAGUCAGUGGAAUGAACUACUACGCUUGUCUCUCUAUGUUGUCCUUGUUGAUUCUCACACCUUUCGCCAUUGCUGUUGAGGGGCCACAGAUGUGGGCUGCUGGGUGGCAAAACGCCCUUUCUCAGAUUGGACCCAACUUCGUCUGAUUUGUCAUUUAUGGUGUUACAUUCUAUGCCAUUAUAUGAUUGGUCAUGUUUGCGGUGAAACCCAUGAAUGGUGUGUAGUAUGCCACCUCAUCUGUUCUCAAUAAUUUACAUUAUAUGGCUGUUAACAAGUAGAUGGUUCUGUAGCUGAACACACAAACAUGACUGGAUUGCAAACUGGUGGGUAGCCGCACAAAGUGUGUUCUAUCAUCUUUACAACCAGGUUUCGUACAUGUCGUUGGAUGAGAUCUCUCCCUUGACGUUUAGCAUUGGGAACACCAUGAAACGGAUAUCCGUCAUCGUUUCCUCGAUCAUCAUCUUCCGCACACCUGUCCAGCCCGUCAAUGCUUUGGGAGCUGCCAUCGCCGUCCUUGGAACCUUCUUGUAUUCCCAGGCUAAGCAAUGAUCUAGAAGUGGGGAAGAAUAAGAAAGGAAGAGGUGUCUAAAAGCAAUUCUUGUUGGGUUUGGUAGGGUUUGGUUAAGCAAAGGUGGAAUGUGGAUGAUGAAGUAAAGGAAAAAAAUGUUUAAUUGUCAAAGAGGAUGGUCUGAAAUGCAGACAACAGAGACCAUGAGGACUGGUUCUUUUUAAUUUUGCUAUACAUUUGUUGUUUUGUAGAUAAUAAGGUGAAAUAGUUAAGAGUGGAAGAAAAGAAAAGACGGUAGGAAUGAUGAUAAUAAUUUUGUGCCUCAUUAACAGGAGCAGCAAGAAGCUGUCGGCGGGAGCGCGAGUAUUCUUCUUCACUUUUUUUCCGCAGCUUGCUUUGCUGAACAGAGUUUGAGUUGAGCUACUUUGUGUUCUAAUUUUACAUUUUUUGGCAAAAUAAAACCGGGAGAGCCAAGAAAUCCCUCCGUAGUCCGCAUUUUGUUUCAACCAUUGCUCGAUUAAAUCAACACAAAUAUAUCGAACGGUUCACUUUUGAUAAACAUAGACAUAGCAACCUAAGAU